AUGUAUAGGUUCUCCCUCAUAGACAGUUAUGAUAAGCCACAUAUUUUCUAUGUUUUAUUUUGUGAAGAGGUAACGGUCGUUGUUAGCUUUUUGGGUGCUAAGGACUUUAAGGAACUGGUUCGCUACAUGAACGGUUCACGCCGAAUUUCCUAUUUGUAUAGGUGGAUUAUAAGAAAGAUGAAAAUGAACUUACACGAAUUAAAGGACCCACUUGAGGACAAUUAUGAUACCAUUCUUAAGGCAGCUCAACAGAGCCGCUGGAACCCAAGGUAUUACUAUGACAAACGUCAGAUCAAGAAAUACCUGAGAAAGUUGGCUUUUUUAUUCUAUUUUUCGGAACAAUGGUGUUGUAUUAUCAUGGAUCUAUCCAUUUUGUUUCGUGGUAAUGAUGUGGAGAAUCAUAUCAAGCCAGAAGUCAUUUGGGCAGCCAGUUUUUAUAAUUUAUGCAAGGAUAAAAUUGAGAGAAUACUCCAAGAUUUGAAUGCUACAGAGCAACAGAUGGAGGAGAUUGGUAACUAUUUAAGAAAUACCGGAAUCAUACAUUACCGAUGUUUUGACCGCCACCGGUGCCGGAAUAAAUCUUGCAAACCCAACAGUUAG